CACGGGCACUCCACCCGGUGCCUGCGGCGCGGUGGCGGACGGCGUGGCCACGCACUUGUACGACUGCUUCUACGGCAGGACUCGAGACCAACGACACGACCAAGGGCGUCAUGGGCUGGGGGAAGCAGGGCGGCGAGCUCACGCCCCAGGCCGUGGCCGGGACGCCCCGCUGCCCGCCGAGGCACCGCCACGACGGCUGCUUCGAGUCGGCCUACCAGAUACACCGAGUCUCAUCGGCACCUCGAACAAGAAUGCCGACAGGCUCGCCGUCACCCUGGCCAGCGUCCUGGCCGGGCUGCCGCCGCUGUCCGUCCACCUGAAGAUCGACGCGGAGGGCGGCGAGUGGGCCCAGCUGGAGGCGCUCCUCCAGAGCCCGGAGGACCUCGGCCGCAUCCGAACGCUGGACAUGGAGAUUCACUUCUACAUGGACGAGUGGUCUGCCGCCGCCCAGUGCCAGCACGCCGAGGAGCUGAGUAGGAAGGUCGGCGUCGUCGAGGAGCUGGCGCGCGUCUUCGCGGUCGCGGGCACCACGCUGCAGGCCACGCUCGAGAAGCAGGCGAGGGCCGCGGCCGACCCGGCCGGGCCUCGCCGAGGGAGCGAGCUGGACCCCUCUGCCGGCUUCCCCCCCAAGUGCGUGAUCUCGUCGACUGGCUGGAACCUGAACAUUCGGCAUGUACUGCCUGAGCUUUGUCAACCGCCGGCUCCUCCCCGCGUAGGCCCCCUCCCAGCGGAGGCCGGCGUCGCAGGCAUGGAGGCCUCCGGGCAGCGGGCCCGCGCGGCGGCCCGCCGAGGCCCCCUCCGCGAGGCCCUCGCCUGGCCCCCCCCGCGCGGCCCGCCGGGGCACCCCUGGACCGCUGUCGGUUUCUGGCGGCAGGUCGGAGG